AUGGUUGAAGACAAGAAGACCGACGACUACACCGUCGAGAUGGAUAAACUCGAUCAGGGCAACAAGGAGUUCGAGGCUGCACCGCCUCCUCUGUCCCGGACCACUAGCGCUCCCCCGAGCGCCCUCGCCAAUAAUCCAGCCCUCCCGGUUCUGGCUUACUGCGGCUCCUCCAUCAUGAUGACUGUCAUGAACAAGUAUGUCCUGUCGGGAUUGGACUUUAACUUGAACUUUUUGCUGCUCAUGGUGCAAUCGCUGGUCUGUAUUGCUGCCAUUCAAACAUGCAAGUCCAUGGGCCUCAUCACCUACCGUGACUUCAGCGCCGAUGAGGCAAGAAAGUGGUUCCCUAUCACCCUUCUGCUGAUCGGCAUGAUCUACACUGGCUCCAAGGCUCUUCAGUUCCUCUCGAUCCCUGUCUAUACCAUCUUCAAGAACCUGACGAUCAUUCUGAUCGCUUACGGAGAAGUUCUCUGGUUCGGUGGCUCCGUCACUGGCAUGACCCUGUUCUCAUUCGGCCUGAUGGUUCUCAGCUCUCUCAUUGCCGCCUGGGCUGAUAUCAAGCACGCCGUGGAGAGCAGUGGGGACACCUCAGUCCAAGUCUCGACCUUGAACGCUGGUUACGUUUGGAUGCUGAUCAACUGCAUCUGUACCUCCUCGUAUGUCCUAGGCAUGCGUAAGCGCAUCAAGCUGACCAACUUCAAGGACUUUGACACCAUGUUCUACAACAACCUGCUGUCCAUUCCCGUCCUGAUUGUCUUCACUCUUCUGGUUGAGGACUGGUCCUCCGCUAACCUGGCUCGCAACUUCCCGGAGGCUAACCGCAACGGCAUCUAUCUCGCCAUGAUUCUCUCCGGCCUGUCGUCUGUCUUCAUCUCGUACACCUCCGCCUGGUGUGUGCGUGUGACUUCGUCUACUACCUACUCGAUGGUCGGCGCUCUGAACAAGCUGCCCAUUGCCGUGUCUGGUCUGAUCUUCUUCGACGCCCCCGUCACCUUCCCCUCCGUCUCUGCAAUCGCUGUUGGCUUCGUCAGUGGUAUCGUGUAUGCCGUUGCCAAGAUCAAGCAGAACGCCAAGCCCAAGACCGGCGUCCUGCCCACUUCGAACCCGCUUGUCAGUGCUAGCAGCCAAAGCAUGCGCGACUCACUGCGCUCUUGA